AUGCUCAAAGAAGAAGACGAUCCAUCCUUCCGACAGAAUCAGAAGGCGUCAAGCGGUGGCUUGAGCGUUUCCCAAUCUGCCAGGGCUCAGAAAUGGCUGGACCAGCUGGUCCAAGUAGAGUCACGCAUGCUCAGCAAUUGGGAGGAGUUCUCGGCGCAUCGCAACGACGUGCAGCACCGUUUCGCUGAGCUCACGGAGACGUUGCGACGCAAACAGGAACCCCACCUGGAGAGUGAGUUGGAGAAGUGCAGUCGACGGCUACAGCAGCUGUCACAAAGCAACGAGGAGACCCUUUGUCGCAUGGGCGAUCUGAAGACUGCUGUGGAAAAUGGACAGCAAUCCUUGGAAGGUCUCCGUGCGCGCGUCAGCACCAAGCUGCAGGAGAUGGGAACGUCCUUCGAGGAGCACAAGAAGGAUCUCCUGUCGCGAGUCUCCGAGGAGUUGCAAGCGGAGGCCUCCAGCUCUAAGAGACAAAGCAAGGCCUUGGGAGAGGAGCUUCUGCGAAAAAUGGCGGAGCUCAACCAGAAGUUAGGCGAGAACAUGAGCAGUGUGGAGGAAGAGUCCAUUUCGCGUUUCGAGGGACUUCGGGGAGAUGUUCAAGCACUGACCAAACGGCUCGAUGCCGCACCUCGAGCCGACGUGGAGCUAAGGAAGACGGAGGCCUACUUCGAAUCGCAGCUGCGUUCGCUGCGGGCCGAAAUGCAUUCCCAGCUUGAAGAACUGGCAGCCUCAGCCAACCGCUCCGAGAAUGCGCGGGUCAAAGGCCUGCAGGAGAAUGCGCAGGAACUGACUCAGCGGCUGGAGAGGGUGGCAUCUGAAGCCACCUCAGGCAAGGCCUGCGCCGAGCGCACGGAACAGCAGCUCCAGGAUCUGCGACAACAGCAGAGAGCGGAGAUGGAGGAGCAGCUGGAAAGACUCCGUGAUGAGAUUGCAGUGAAAGCUGGCAAGGAAGCCAAGGCCCAAAGUGAGGCGCUGGCGCAGCUGUCCCGCAAACUGCAGAGCAGCGAGGAACUCUUGGAACGAUGUUGCGAGACUUCCUCGGAAGUGGAGGUGCUGAAGAUCGCUGACGGCGAGCGUGCCAUGCUGCUGGAGCAGCUGAGUCGAAGUUGCAACGAGUUGGCCGAGGGCCGGCAAGGCUUCCUUGCAGAAGUGGAUAGCUGUCGAUCUGCCAAUAGGCAGCUGGAAGACAGCCUCCGGCGCAUGGACGCCCGCGUGGAGUCGCUGUCCUCCACGGCGUCCCAUUGUUCAGAAGGUGUGGCGGACGUGAAGGCAGCGGCACGGGAAGCAGAGAAGUCGCAGCUGCAGUUCAGGGAGAUGUUGGAACAACGCACUAGCGAGUUGCAGGAGCUCUUAGAGCGUCGUGCCUACGAGUCUUCCGCAAAGAUGGAGGCGCUCCGCUUGGCCGAUGCCGAGCGACAGCGGCAACUGGAACAGCUCUCCAUGGCCUGUGAGAACCUGGCGGAAGCGCGGCAAGGCAUCGUUGCCGAAGUCGAAAGCUGCCGUUCCAUCGACAGGCAGUUGGAGGAAGCCUUGCGACGCCUGGAUGCCAGGGUGGAGCGCGCAGCAGGGACCGCGCUGCAGUGCUCGGAAGGUGUGGCUGAUGUGAAAGUGUUUGCCCGAGAGCUGUCUGAGAAAGCCUUGUCACAGUCUCGAGAUCUCAUGGACAAGCGGAAUGCUGAGAUGAAGGAGCUUAUCGAGCAGCAAGCUGCCGAGCAUGUCUCGAAGCUAGAGGCCUUGAAACUCUCGGAUAGCGAAUGCCAUCAGCAGCUGGAUUUCCUCAGCCGCGCCUUCGCGGACUUGUCGGAAGCCCGGCGAGGCAUUUUCGCGGAGGUCGAGAGCUGCCAGUCCAGUGACAGGAAGGGUGCUGUGGUUGACUUUGCUCCGUUGAUGAAGCACGGGAAACUGGAGGAACAUGUGCGUCGCAUGGAGAACAAACUCGAACGUUUGUCCUCAGCGACCUCCCAGUGCUCGGAAGGCCUGGCCGAGGCCAAAGCACUAGCGCAGCAAAGCGCUGAGAAGGCGCAACAGCACAGCAGCGAGCAACUGGAACUGCGCUCGCGGGAGCUCAAGGACCACCUUAAGCAUCUCCGGGAGGAGCUGAGCAGCAACUUUGCCAAGGAGGCCAAAGCGCAGAGCGAUGCGAUCGCCCUGCUGGCGCGGAAGCAGGAACUCAGCACAGAUUCCUUGCAGGCGGGCACUUCGGAGCUGCGACGCACCGUCGAAGCGCAGUUCCGGCGGCAGGCGGCCGAGAAUGCGCCGAAACUGGAGGCUGGGGAGGAUGGCUUGAGGUCUCCAAGCCCAAAAGACUUGCUGAAUGCGCUGCGCAACGCCAGCGCGGAGCAGGGCAAGCAGCUCCAGAGCCUCGGCAAGAGCUUGGCGGAGCUCAGCGAGGCGCGCCGAGGCGCGAAGCGCUCGGAUAGCAUUUCUGCGGAUGUGGAAAAGUGUCAAUCAGCAAGCAGGCGCCUGGAGGAAGAGCUGCAGCAUGCGCUGGCGAAGAUCGAGAAAGUCUCCUCCGCAGCAAAUCAAAGCUUCGAAGGCGUGGCGGAGGUCAAGGGCUUCGCGCGACAGCUGGUGGAGAGCAGUGUGAUGGAGCUGAAGGAACUGAUGUGGGCAGAGCAAUUGGAGCGCAGGAUUGAGGCCUUGAAGACAUCGGAGGUGGAUCAUCAGCAGCAGCUGGAGCGCCUCUGGCGGAGCCACAUGGACCUUACCGAGACCAAGAAAGGACUGACGGGGGAGUUGGAGAAGUGCCAAUCUGUGGAAAGGAUCUCCCAGGGUUCAGACGCCAGGCAGUUCGAGGAAGCCAUACGGCGGGUGGACGGCAAGGUGGAUCGUGUCGCUGCCGUGGCCAGCCAGUGUUCCGAAGGUGUCUCGGAGGCCAAGGCCUUUGCGCGGCAAGCGGUGGAGAAUGUGGUGGUGCAGAGCCGAGCUCUGCUGGAGCAACGCACCGGCGAGACGAAGGAGCAGCUGGAAAGACUCCGUGAUGAGAUGGCAGUGAAAGCUGCGAAGGAAACCAAGGCCCAAAAUGAGGCGCUGGCGCAGCUGUCCCGCAAACUGCAGAGUGCCGAGGAACUCUUGGAACGGUGCCGCGAGACUUCCUCAGAAGUGGAGGUGCUGAAGAUCGCUGACAGCGAGCGUGCCACUUUGCUGGAGCAACUGAGUCGAAGUUGUAACGAGUUGGCUGAGGGGCGGCAAGGCUUCCUUGCAGAAGUGGAUAGCUGUCGAUCUGCCAAUAGGCAGCUGGAAGACAGCCUCCGGCGCAUGGACGCCCGCGUGGAGUCGCUGUCCUCCACGGCGUCCCAUUGUUCGGAAGGUGUGGCGGAAGUGAAGGCAGCAGCGCGGGAAGCAGAGAAGUCGCAGCUGCAGUUCAGGGAGAUGUCAGAGCAACGCACCAAGGAGUUGCAGGAGCUCUUAGAGCGUCGUGCGUACGAGUCUUCCGCGAAGAUGGAGGCCCUCCGCUCGGCGGAUGCCGAACGACAGCGGCAACUGGAACAGCUCUCCAUGGCGUGUGAGAACCUGGCGGAAGCGCGGCAAGGCAUCGUUGCCGAAGUAGAAAGCUGUCGUUCCAUUGACAGGCAGUUGGAGGAAGCCUUGCGACGCCUGGAUGCCAGGGUGGAGCGCGCAGCAGGGACCGCGCUGCAGUGCUCCGAAGGUGUGGCUGAUGUGAAAGUGUUUGCCCGAGAGCUGUCCGAGAAAGCCGUGUCACAGUCUCGAGAUCUCAUGGAAAAGCGGCAUGCUGAGAUGAAGGAGCUUAUCGAGCAGCAAGGUGCCGAGCAUGGCUCGAAGCUAGAGGCCUUGAAAGUCUCCGAUAGCGAAUGCCAUCAGCAACUGGAUUCCCUGUCCCGUGGCGUCGCCGAGCUGUCGGAAGCCCGGCGAGGCAUUUCCGCGGAGGUUGAGAGCUGCCAGUCCAGUGACAGGAAGCUGGAGGAACACCUCCGUCGCAUGGAGAACAAACUCGAACGUUUGUCCUCAGCGACUUCCCAAUGCUCGGAAGGCCUGGCCGAGGCCAAAGCGCUAGCGCAGCAAAGCGCUGAGAAGGCGCAACAGCACAGCAGCGAGCAACUGGAACUGCGCUCGCGGGAGCUCAAGGACCACCUUAAGCAUCUCCGGGAGGAACUGAGCAGCAGCUUCGCCAAGGAGGCCAAAGGGCAGAGCGAUGCGAUCACUCAGCUGGCACGGAAGCAGGAACUCAGCACAGACUCCUUGCAGGCGGGCACUUCGGAGCUGCGACGCGCCAUCCAAGAGCAGUGCCGGCGGCAGGAGCUUAUCGAGCACCAAGCGGCCGAGAAUGCACCGCUACUGGAGGCACUGCGCAGCGCCAGCGCGGAGCAAAGCCAGCAGCUCCAGAGCCUCGGCAAGAGCUCGGCGGAGCUCAGCGAGGCGCGACGAGGCAUCUCUGCGGAUGUGGAAAAGUGUCAAUCAGCAAACAGGCGCCUGGAGGAAGAGCUGCAGCAUGCGCUGGCGAAGAUCGAGAAAGUCUCCUCCGCAGCAAAUCAGAGCUUCGAAGGCGUGGCGGAGGUCAAGGUCUUCGCGCGGCAGCUGGUGGAGAGCAGUGUGAUGGAACUGAAGGAGCAGUUGGAGCGCCGAAGCGUCGACGCGUCCAGCAGGAUCGAGGCCUUGAAGACCUCGGAGGUGGAUCAUCAGCAGCAGCUGGAGCGCCUCUGGCGGAGCCACACGGAACUCACCGAGACCAAGAAAGGACUGGCGGGGGAGUUGGAGAAGUGCCAAUCCGUGGAGAGGCAGUUCGAGGAAGCCUUACGGCGGGUCGAUGGCAAGGUGGAUCGGGUCGCUGAAGUGGCCAGCCAGUGCUCUGAAGGUGUCUCGGAGGUCAAGGCCUUCGCGCGGCAAGCGGUGGAAAAUGUGGUGGUGCAGAGCCGAGAUCUGCUGGAACAACGCACUGGCGAGAUGAAGGCUCGCAGCGAAGCGGCCAACGAGGAGCUGCGGGCUCUACGGCUCUUUGUGCAGGAAGAGACACAGCGACAAGUUCAGGCAGGCCGUGCGGAAGCAACCGAGCGCGAACAUCGCUUGAGCUCGAAGUUGCUCACACAAGCGCAGGAAGCACAGGAACUGCGGACUGUGUUGGACGAGCAGUUGAAACGUCAGGAGAGCCUCUCAGCAGAGCUGCGUGAGGCGCAAGAAGUGUUCCAUAGCAAAGUGUCCAAAGUCAGCACAGAGUUUGCUGAACAGAAGGAUGGUCUCAAGAAGUACAUCACCGACGCCCUGAGGAAGUCCGAGCAGAAGUUGCAGGCGUUGACUGCCCAGCCUCGUGUGCUGGCUCUGGUGAUGGAUGAGCUGGAGGGUGUUGUGCGGGGUGUGACGCAACGAGAGCUGCAGAUCUUUCAGCGCGAGGCGUUGGAUUCUAUGGAGUGGAAACUGGAGCGCUGUGUGCAAUGGCUCCACGGAGCCAAUGUGAAACUGGGACUCAACCCCCAGGGCACGCUCUUUUCCACCGACAGGUUCCGUGAAAUGCUGUUCGAAGAGGCGGAGCCCACCACGCCAGGAACACCUGUAGCUUCGAGCCUCCACAGUGAGUCGAAACGGUUCGCAGUGGGUCACGGGGAAGGUCAUGACGUUGAAGCUGGGCCUUGGCCAGAACUCAUGAAAGCCCUGAGGCACACCAAGUCGAAGUGGAAUGGAUGA